UGUGGGCUUUCCUAACCCUCUGCUGUGAGUGAGCUGGGGCACGGACAGCUUGGUAACCUGCAGGCUGACACUCCCGGUUAACAGGAAGUGGGUAGAAAAGCCAGGUCUGGGCGCACAGACUUGGAAUGCCAGCGCUUGGGGCUGAUGGGAAGGCUGAGGCAGCCAUGUGGACUGACUGUCCUAGCGAUGCUCUCAUGACGCCCUUCCUCCCCCCAGCUUGAUUCCCAGAGCCCUGCCUUGUGUCAAAGAGAAGAAGAGAGCAAUGACCAAGUCACAGGAGGCGGUGACGUUCAGGGACGUGGCCGUGGUCUUCAGUGAGGAGGAGCUGGGGCUGCUGGAUGCUGCCCAGAGGAAGCUGUACCAUGACGUGAUGCUGGAGACCUUCAGGAACCUUCUGUCAGUGGGAGGCCAGAGCACAAACAAGAUGGAGACUCUUCACGCAGCAGGGUUAAGGUGCCUUUCACUGGGGCGGCCUCCAUGCUGGCAAAUGACAAGCCAUGACGUCAUCAAGCCGGCCAGAACUCCAGAAGCUGAAAUAAACACUCAAGGAAAGGGUCCUCGCUUCCUGGAGCAGUGCCACGCCUCCUUCCACACGGGAGCAGAAGAGACUCCUCAGGCCUCUGAGGGUGAUGGCUGUCCUGAGAGUCUCACAAGAGACCCUUCCAGCAAUACUGAAAGUCGGGAAUUUCUGUCUGCAAGAGCUCAGAGUUCUCGGCGUAAAACACACCUUAGUGAGACGGGGCGCCGUCACCAACACUGUCCACAGACUCUGGUGAAAAAGAAGCCACAGCUGUUGGAUUUGGGUGUUGACAUUCUGAGCUGCACUUCCCACAAUGAUAACAAUAUAAUGGACGAAAGGGACAAAGCCCACAGCAGCAGUGGCUGUGGUGAAGUCAUCUUUCCCACAUCACCCCUCACCCAGCAUCGUGUUUCCACAGAACGGAAGGCCUCCCUGUACAGCCAGGGCCAGGAAGCUUUCAUUGACAGCCCCAGUCUGGAACUCCAUCAACAGGUCAGCUUAGCAAAGGAGUCCCCUCUACCUAGUACACAUGAGGACACCGGACAUAGCUCCAGUGUCCCCGUUCAACAAAGUGCUCAUCCAGGGAAAAAGCGCUACUGGUGUCAUGAAUGUGGCAAGGGUUUCAGUCAGAGCUCAAGCCUUCAGACUCACCAGAGAGUGCACACGGGGGAGAAGCCCUACAGGUGCGACAGCUGCGGGAAAGGCUUCAGCCGCAGCUCCGAUCUCACCAUCCACUGCCGAGUGCACACGGGAGAGAAGCCUUACAAGUGUGAGGUGUGUGGGAAGGGCUUCAGGCAGAGAGAACACCUCCAGAUUCACAAGAGAAUUCACACAGGAGAGAAGCCAUAUAAGUGUGGAGACUGUGGAAAAUGCUUCAAUUACAGUUCGAAUCUUCAUAAACACCAGAGAGUCCACCCUGAGAAGAAACCAUACGAGUGCAACGAAUGUGGGAAUGGCUUCCCCUCAAAGUCCAGUCUCCGGAGCCAUCAGCGUGUCCACAUCGGAAAGAAGCCAUAUAAAUGUGGAGAGUGCGGGAAGGGUUUCAGUUCAGGCUCACACUUCCGAAGGCACAAGCGAGAGCAUACAAGACAGGAGCCAUUUCGCUGCAGCGUGUGUGGGGAGGCCUUCAGUUGGAGAUCGACUCUUAAAGCUCACCAGAGAGUUCACAUUGGGGAAAAGCCAUGCAGGUGUGAUGUGUGUGGGACGCACUUCACCUCAGCCGUGAGCCUCCAGAGUCACCUGAGUGUCCACACAGGAGAGAAACCCUAUGAAUGUGAGGAGUGUGGGAAAGGCUUCAUGCAGUGGGCACACCUCAAAAUCCACAAGAGAACUCACACAGGAGGCAAGCCAUACAAGUGUGGAGACUGUGGCAAAUGCUUUGAUUAUAGCUCGAACCUCCACAGGCACCUUAGAGUCCACCCUGAGAAGAAACCAUACAAAUGCGAUGAAUGUGGGAAGGGCUUCCGUUCGAGUUCCAGAUUUCAAAGCCAUCAGCGGGUCCACAAAGGAGAGAAGCCAUAUAAAUGUGAAACGUGUGGCAAGGGUUUCAGUUCAGGCUCACAAUUCUGCAGCCACCAGCGGAUCCACACAGGAGAGAAGCCGUAUAAAUGUGAAGAGUGCGGGAAGGGAUUCAGUUCUGGAUCAAAAUUCCGAAGCCACCAGCGCGUCCACACAGGAGAGAAGCCAUUUUCCUGCAAUGUGUGUGGGAGGGGCUUCAGUUGGAGAUCGACUUUUAAAGCACACCAGAGAGUUCACACCGGGGAAGAACCAUGCAGGUGUGAAGUGUGUGGGAAACACUUCACCUCAAGCGUGAGCCUUCAGAGUCACCAGAGCGUCCACACAGGAGAGAAACCCUAUGAAUGUGAGGCGUGUGGGAAAGGCUUUAGUCAUACCUCGCACCUCCAGGCCCACCAGAGGGUGCACACGGGGGAGAAGCCCUACAAGUGCGACACGUGCGGGAAAGCCUUCAGCCAGAGGUCCUAUGUCCAAGUCCAUCAGAUAAUUCACACCAGGGAGAAACCAUUCAAGUGUGAGGAGUGUGGGAAGGAGUUCAGAUGGAGCUCAGCACUUAGUGCUCACAGGAGGGUCCACCCAGGACAGAAACCUUACUUGUGUCCACAGUGUGGGAAGGGCUUCAGUCAGAGGUCACAUCUAACCUACCACCAGAGGGUCCACACUGCAGGGGUGGCAAGUCUUUUUAGCAGUGUUUCUAGUGAAGUGAGAGCUUGGAGCGUCGUCCCGUGGCCCUUCGUGCGCGCUCGUGCUCCCGGUGUCUCCCCUCGGGGACCGAGUCUGCGGCCCGGGGAGAAGCGGGGCGGCGGGGGCGGCGGCCGGGUCCUCUCUGCUGGGCUCUGCCUGAGGCGGCGCUGCCCGGGAUUCCUGGACCAUCUCAGCUGCUUGUGGAGCCCCCGGGAGAGUCUGGCUUCCCAGGGAGCCUGGAGAGGAGCUGUGGGGACGGAGGCCGGAAAGCCCAUCACCACAGGCAGCUUUGUGAAGCUUGCUUCCCAGAGCCCUGCCUGUGUCAAAGAGAAGAAGAGAGCAAUGACCAAGUCACAGGAGGCGGUGACGUUCAGGGACGUGGCUGUGGUCUUCAGUGAGGAGGAGCUGGGGCUGCUGGAUGCUGACCAGAGGAAGCUGUACCAUGACGUGAUGCUGGAGACCUUCAGGAACUUUCUGUCAGUGGGAGUCCAGAGUCCAAACAAGAUGGAGACUCUUCAUGCAGUAUUAUUAAGGUGCCUUUCACUGGGGCGCCUUUCAUGCUUGCAGGUCAACAAACUGACCAGAACUGCGGAUGCUGUAAUAAACACUCAAGGAAAGGGUUCUCACUCCCUGGAGCAAUGCAGUUCCUUUUGCCAGGGGAGAGCAGAAGAACCUCCCUGGGCCUCAGAUUAUGACAGCGGCCUUGAGAGUCUCCCAAGUGACCUUUCCAGCAAUACUGAAAGUCAAAAAUUUCCGUCUGGGAGAGCUCAGAGUUCUCAGAACAAAACACAUCUCAGCGAGAGGCAGAAUCAUCAGAAACAGUGUCUGCAGUCUCCGGCGAAAGGCAAUGCAGUGCUGUUGGAUUCAGGAGUUGACAUUCUGAGUUGCAUUUCCCACCAUAAUAACAAUAUCCUGCAUAAAGCCCACAGCAGCGGCGCCUGCAGUAAAGUCCCUGUUCCCAAAUCACCCCUCACUCAGCACCAUGUUUACACAGAACAGGAGACCUAUGGGUGCAGCAAGCACCAAAAGACCCUCAUUGACAGCCCCAGCCUGGAACUCCAUCAGCAGGUUCUCUUAGGAAAGGAGUCCCCUGUACGUAGUACACACGAGGACAGCAGCCAUAGCUCCAGUGUCCCCAUUCAACAAAGCGCUCAUCCAGGGAAAAGGCAACACUGGUGCCACAUGUGUGGCAAGGGUUUCAGCCAAAGCUCGAACCUUCAGAACCACCAGAGAGUGCACACGGGGGAGAAGCCCUACCGGUGCGACAGCUGCGGGAAAGGCUUCAGCCGAAAGUGGGAUCUCAAAAUCCACCGCCGAGUGCACACCGGAGAGAAGCCUUACAAGUGUAAGCUGUGUGGGAAGGGCUUCACGAAGUGGGAGCACCGCCAGAUCCACGAGAGAAUUCACACUGGGGAGAAGCCGUAUAAGUGCGGCGACUGCGGCAAACGCUUCAUUUACAGCUCGAACCUUCACCGGCACCAUAGAGUCCACACUGAGGAGAAGCCAUACAAGUGCGGCGAGUGUGGAAAGCGCUUCCGCUCAAAUUCCAACCUUCACAGCCAUCAGCAGGUCCACACAGGAGAGAAGCCAUAUGAAUGUGAGGAGUGCGGGAAGGGUUUCGGUUCAGUCUCCAACUUCCGGAGCCAUCAGCGCAUCCACACAGGAGAGAAGCCGUUUCGUUGCGAUGCGUGUGGGAAGUGCUUCAGUAUGAGCUCAAAUUUUCAAGCCCAUCAGAGAGUCCACUCCGGGGAAAAGCCGUACAGGUGCGAUGUGUGUGGGGAGCACUUCACCUGGCGCUUGAGCCUUCAGAGUCACCAGAGCAUCCACACAGGAGAGAAACCCUAUAAAUGCGAGGAGUGCGGGAAAGGCUUCAGUCAUGCCUCGAGUCUGCAGGCUCAUCGUAGUGUCCACACUGGAAAGAAACCGUUCAAAUGCCGCGAGUGUCAGAAGCGGUUCAGUAAGUCCUCGAACCUUCAGUCCCACCUGAGGGUGCACACGGGGGAGAAGCCCUAUAAAUGUGACACGUGUGGGAAAGCCUUCAGCCAGAGAGCCUAUGUCCAAGUCCAUCAGGUAAUGCACACCGGGGAGAAGCCAUUCAAGUGUGAGGAGUGUGGGAAGGAGUUCAGAUGGAGCUCGGAGCUUAGUGCUCACCGGAAGGUCCACACGGGAGAGAAACCGUACACGUGUCAACACUGUGGGAAGGGCUUCCGUCACGCCUCAUACUUCCAAACCCACCUGAGGGUCCACACCGGGGAGAGGCCCUUCAUCUGCAGCAUCUGCUGUAAGGGCUUCAGUCAGAAAUCACAUCUUGUCUACCACCGGAGGGUCCACACUGCAGGGAACCUCUAGGUUUGUUCUGCUGUCAGGUGGGCUCCAUGGUGCUGGUU